GUGAAACAGGUGCAGGACCCCGAGGCAUGACGGGAUAGACCGUCCCAGCCAAGAUGGCGGACAUAUUGUUGUGUGAAACCAGAAUUUUCUGAUUUCGGUCCCGACAUUUCCGAAAGCAGGGUUGUUAAACUGCGAAGAUGGCUUCGAGCGGUCCCGACAACUCCCAAUGGCUGUCGGUUACCGAGGAGACGCUGUUCCUGCACGACGGGCUGAUCAGGGUCACUGACCUCGUGGAGCUGCCGCAGGACGUCCAGGCCGGCAACGCAACGGCCACACCCGACAACGGACACGAGGUGGUGACGUUUGACUCGAAGAGCCCGGCUGAGCUGUGUGAGAAACUUCUCGCCGUCUGCGGGAACCAGAACAACGAGUACUCCCUGCUCCUGGAGUACCGACUUAACGCGCUCCGGGGGCUCUGGGUCGCACAGAGGCAGCAGCAAGGCGAGGACCAGGCCGACCAGGACGGACUGAACCACGAGGAAACACUCGCUCUGCUGAAGAAACAGGGGAUAUGGCAGCCGGGGGAACAGGUGUCCUUCUCCUCUCGUGUGAGCCUGCUGCUGAUUUUCCCCCUGCUGAAGUCCCAGAGCCGCUCGGACCCGAGUCUGUGCUGCAUGACUGCAGAACUCUUGCUGCAGUGCCUACGAGACUGUGCUCCUCUCAGCCUGACCAAGGAGCCUUCAGACUGUCUGAACGGACUGGAAAGUCUUCUCUGCUCCUGGCUGGAAGAGGGGGAGGGGGGCGCCAGUGGGCCAGUACAGGACGUACAGCAAAGAGAGAAUGCUGCAGCAGCUCUCGUGGCCUUGGCUUGUGCACGAGGUUCUCUGAAGACCCUGCUGCACACCGUACACCUGUUGCAGAGACUGCAGACCACGCUGUCGCCCCUCCCCGUAGCCGAGCUGCUGUUCAAGCUCCUACAGACAGAGGGCGGUCCUGGGCUGACCACGUCCUUAUUAGGCAGUAAGCACCUGCUGUGCUGGGGCUUCGAGGACAUGCUCACCAACAUCGACAAGGGGCCGGACGAUAAGGAUAAAGACACGGAGAUCGGGCGGAACCUUGCGUGUGACGGCUGCUUCCUGUACACGACCAACUCGGAGGGCCGCGGACUCAGCAAGAUCGGCUCUGGGCUGCAUGGGACUCUCAGAGGAUUCCUGUAUGCCCGAAACCCCUCGUUGGAGCAGGGCUGGGUGGUGUGGGGGGGCGGCCGCCUGGUGCACCGACCGGCAAACUUCGACGGGAAACAGAAAAUCCUGCUCAACAUCCUCAGUCCACACACCUUACAGUGUAUAGCGUCCGUUCCCGCGCCUGAUGAAUACGUUAGCGGUUCGGCCGUCACAACUCUCGCUCUCACCAGUGACGGCGUAAAUUUCUACUGGGUCUGGAGCCCGGCCCUCGUCUCCGACAAAAACGUGCGAAACCCACCGGUGUACAUGGAUACAUUCAGGCUACAGGACGAGGACGGUUCUGUCAUUGCCGUUGCCAUGGCAACUCGCGUGACGCUGCAGAGGAAGGAAGGCGACACGUCAAAGUCGCUGAACGAGGCUCUUCUGUCCCGCCUGCGCCCGUACACACGGUCAACCUCGGCGGCCUCUCUCAUCGCACUGACGGGGGGCAACACCACGCCUACUGGGGGUGCCAGGGAGGAAACCUCCACUGCCAGCAGUUGUGGGCUGAGUCUGAAGCUCCUGCGCAGGACGCCUAUCUACACCUGUGGCAGCACCCUGGUCAUGCUCACAGCGCCCCCGGGCAGCAGCUCCAGUACUGCAGCGAGAUCCUUAUUUGGCAGCGGCACCAGCCUAUCAUCUCUCAGAGUCCUGGCCACCAGCCUGUGUUUCAGCACGGCCAGUGGACAGUACACAAACCGGUGUGAACUGGUCGAUGCUCCCACAUGUUCCCUUGCUAGAGGCGCCGGCGUGCAGGGCCUUGGUGUGUGUUACGAUGCUGUGAAUAACCUGAUCUGGACGUGUUCUGGAGACUGGGUGGACCAGUGGCACAACCCGGGAAACCAGGCUCCACAUCAUGUCUGCAGGAGACUGGGCAUCGAUACGGACAUACAGGAACCUCCCCAGGAUAACCUUGUGGCGUGUCCCGAGGUCAUCAACCAGCUGAUGCGGCACGUGGGGUUCAGCUGCUGCCACCAGCUGACCUCUGACCUCCUGAACACCGUGCUGGGGAAGAUUCUGCUGCAGCAGCCCAACAUCGACACCCGACACCUCGGCUGCGUCUGCGACAUUCUGGACAGCGCAGUCAGCACACAGGACAGCAGGCUGACCUUGUGUGUGCUGAUCGUCCUUCAGGUGAUUUUUAAAUCCUUCAUCUUCAAGAAUGAGUCAGAGGAGGAGGCGGCACUCGUGAAGAAGACCAGGACGUUGGUGUGGAGACUGCUGACAACGUCGUCCUGUGCUAAGAUACAAGAGGAGGCAGCAAACGUCUGCAGUGCUGGACAGACAGUUCUGUACCCUGAAGAGGAGGAGCAGAACAAAUUGCUGAAACUGCUGCUGCUCGAAGGAGAAGACAAAAGUGGUCUGGGGAAGCUUUUGUUGUUCUGCCCAGGAGAAGAUAAAAGCGGUCUGGGGAAGCUGCGGGAUCUGAUCCUGUUGGACCUGGCUGAUCAGCUGACCCACCCUCCGCCAGCCAGUGACAAGACGACCCCUCCUCUCAGCAGGCUGAAGGAUGAUCUGGUGCAGCUGAUCCUGAAGCUGUGUGUGCGCGAGUCGUGUGUUCUCCUGCGGACGUGCGUCACAGCAGAUCAGCAGGAGUUCAACACCAUCGUGUCCUCUGUACCGAAAGCGUCCCCGUGCCUGCGGUACAUCAUGGCCCUCCUGUCCCAUGUGAUGAGCUCUAUCGUGACCGUCAGCCUCGACAAACACGGCAGCCAGGAGGAGAACAGGACCAACAAGCUGCACGAGAUGAUCCAGGGGACGGUGUUGGGACUUGCCACGAAGGUCCUGCUUGGAUGCCAGGAGGUUCUGGAGGAGCUGCUGGACGUUUGUCGCUCCUUCUCCUCCGGCAGCGGGGAGGACCGGGAAUGCAGGUUCCAGGGCCUGGAGCGCGUUGCCAAGGCAACGGUUCUGGGGCACCUCCUGCCGGUGCUGAUGACAUCACUCACCCACGGCAACCUGAAGUACCUGCCGCUGGCCGACGCCCUGAUGCCCCAGCUGGUCCAGCUGGUCGUGCUGUCCAGCCAGUGUGCGUUGCUGCUGAAGCCCCAGGCUUGCCGGCCGGGUGCAGAGGAGCCGCCCCCCACCCCCACCUCCGACGUGGUAGAGCUCAUCGGGGGAGGCAAGACAGAAGAGGCAAAACACGAUAGCGAGGAUGACGCCGGGUUCCUGUUCGGGGUGAAGAUUCCGGCUCCGUGGGCGACCGGGAAGUCGGUGGAGUCCAUCCACCCCGUCCGGGACAACUACAAGUUCCGGGAGACUGUUCAGAUCCCGGGCGCUCGCUGCCUCUACCUGCGGUUCGACCCCAGGUGUUCAUCUCAGUACGACUAUGACAAGUUGAUGACCUUCGCGGGCCCCAGCACCAGCUGCCGGAAGGUCGCGGAGUACGGCGGGAACACGCUCGGCUACGGCAGUCGGAGCGUGCUCGGGUCGGGGUGGCCCAAGGACCUCGUCAAGGUUGAUGGGGACACGGUGACGUUCUCGUUCGAGAUGCGUAGCGGGCGAGAGCAUAACACGCCGGACCGCGCCAUGUGGGGGUUCCUGAUCACCGUCCGCGCACAGGAGGCCUCCGAGGAUGUGUCAGGGGGGCUCCCGUUCCUAACAGACCUGGCGCUGGGCCUGUCGGUCCUCGCCUGCAACAUGCUGCAUAUUCUGUAUCGUGGACCGGAGGUUACACAGGAGGAACAGGCCUGCAGGCAUCUGCUGAAGUCACGGCUGCUGCAGAGAUGCGUUUGGAAGGUGGAGUGCGGCACGGUGAUCUCGCCGGUGACCCCCCCUCCCCACCUGGAGGGGUCGGAGCUGACCUUGACCCGGGGGUCGGGGACGGACACGGAGAAGGAGCCUUCAUCGUCGGACGAGGGAACCCCGAUGGACGAGGACGUGUCCGUGAUGGGCGCCGUCCUGCCGCGGAUCAAACUCUCGCCCGCCAUCAUGCACAAACUCCGCAAACUGUCGGGAAGGGCCGCCCUGCAGUUCAGACCCAGCAUCAGAGAGGUCCUAGAGCCGGAUGUCCUGGAGGAGACGGUGGUUUCCGUGGUGAUUAAGCACCUGGGGCUGUUCGAGAUUCUUCAGCAGCUCAGCGUGAGUGAAGAGGGGACCCAGACCGCAGACUUCCAGCUUCUCUGUGACAUCAUGGGGGAGGCGUUCAAGAAACUCAACGCCUUGGAGAGACAGCUGCAGGCACUGGCGGAAAUGGAGCAGAAAUGGCAAAACGACGUGGAUGAGGCAGGUCAAGGUCAGCUGCACGACAACACGCCCUUCUUCCUGAACUUCCACCUGCAAGAGACGACCAGGAAAGAUCUCGCCCUGCUCUGCUACUUAAAGGAGGUGGAGCUGAACCCGGUCGACCUUGAGGGCACCAUCAAGACGCUGAAGGAGCUGUUUGACAAGGACGUCUCCAUGGCGAUGAAGGAGCGGCCGUUCCUGCUGAAGACGCGGCUGCUGCUGGAGAAACUUCUCGCUCGGGCGGAGCUCCUGCUGCACGUUACCAUAGAAACCGAGGAGAGCGGCCCGGGAUUGGCCAGGAGCAUGUCACAGCAUCCCAGCAGCAUGCCCCCUGGGGGUGACGUCCCGCUCGUGUCCCCUCAUCUGGCCAGGAGCAUCUCCGCCCCCUCAACGUUCGACGCCGAGUCUGGAGGCCUUUCCCAGGGGAGGGCCGAUCUGGGCAGUACAGGAAGGUGGAAGCGGCAGCGGGGCCAGGCCGUGUUCCUACAGGAGCUAGUCGAGGACCGGGGAAAGCCGGACAAACCGGCGCACGCGGUCCUGUUGGACCAGCUGUUCAGCUUCAUCGGAAGCAGCCUGGAGGAAAACGUGUCGUGUUCCAGCUUCCUGUCGGCCGCCUCGGUACGCUGGCAGCGCGGGAACUCACGCAAACAGGCGCUGGUGCACAUGGUGGAGCUUCUGACAGCCGCGGCCCGGGUCGGCGGGGCGACGCAUCUCGUGUCAGCUGUCACCUCCGUACUGCAGCACGGGCCAAAGGUUGAGGAGCUGACCUGUGGCGGGAUGGUGAACCAGGUGAGGGAGGCUUUUGCGGAGACCAUGACGUCAGUGGUGCAGCUGGCCUCCACCUACCCCAUCGCCUGCUCCAACAGCAUCGGCCUGCUCUGUGUCAUCCCUUACACCAGGGCUGAGGAGCGUUGUCUAGUUCGCAGCGGUUUGGUGCAGCUUCUGGACAAACUGUGCAGCCUGAGCAGCUACCGAGACCAGAGCAACACGGAGACGCAGACCAUCAAGCAGCGCGUGUCGGCCAUGGCGUGGGCCGGGUUCCAGGUGCUGUCCAACCGCUGCGUCAUGUGGGAGGACGAGGAAGGUGCAGCCAGUGCGGUGGAGCACAGUGGCUUGGCGCGGCAGGUGUCGGCUCUGCUGACCAAUCACCUGGCUCGAGCCACCGAGUGCAGCGGAGACGAGGCGGCCGGGACGGAGGCUCUGCAGGAGGUUCUCAGUCUACUCAACAACCUGUCCAGGAGUAAGCUGGGCAAGGCGAUCCUGAGCCAGCCGGCCUGCGUCUCCAAACUACUGUCACUUCUACUGGACCAGCGGCCAUCCCCCUAGCUGCUGCUGACAGUACUGCAGCUGUGCAGGGUGGCCUUACCUCUCAUCAGUGCGGAGGACUGUGAGAAGAUCCAGCUGCCGUCCUGGGGGCAGGACAUGCACGUGUUCGAUGGAGGGAUCCAGGAUCCUGCAGCCCGAAUCGCAAGCCUUCUGCUCGCCAAGCUGGGAGACUAUGUGGUCCCUGGAGCCCAGACGGCGCUGUCCCUGGCGUCCCCCGACCACUCCCAGCCGUCGGCCCCGGCGUCUGCAGCAGUGCAUGGUGGGACUGGCGAUCGGGAACGCUUGGAGGAGACGGAGGCUCAGGACGGACGAAUCGCGGUGUACGUACACAAACGGGAGGACCAGAGUUCACACGAGGUCAUCCAGCCGCUACUCAGCUGUGACGGUCGUCCGUUCAGACUGGGCAGUGGAGCCAACAUGGAGAAGGUGGUCAGGAUGGACAGGGACCUCACCAGGAGCGGUCGUGCGGAAGUGAUCACAGAAGACGCAGUAACAGCGAUCCGGCGAGCGGCAAAGUGGGCUCAAGCGGGUCUGGUGGUGAGCACGGGACCUCCCGCUGACGGGACCGGCCAGGAGGGCGGCAGCACGGACCGCAAACGCAUGGCUUCUUCUGCUGUCUGUAGGGAGAAAAAUGCUGAGCUGGCCAGAGCUGACCCCGUGCGACCCUUCAUCAGUGGACAGGUGGCCAACAGCAUGGCAGGCGAGGUCAUCGGCCUUCUGCACGGGCUGCUGACGGCGCCGGAGUCCAGCACGGCUCAGAUCUGGGCGUCAGCUGUGGAGAGGGUGCUGACCCAUGCCCUGCUGUGCCUGCCCACGCUGCUGACCCAGUCGGACGCCGUGCUGUCCCCGUCCUCCAGCGGCCCGGCCAUCGCAGACUUCCUCACCACGGCACGGCAGGUCGUCGCAGCGCUUUGUGCUCUCGGGGGAUUCAGGGAGGGCGUCAAGCCGGGAACUAUGGUGCAGAUCACAGGAGAAGGCAUGCAGGCGGUCCCGGCGCAGGUGGUUUCCAUCUCGGAGCAGCAGGGCGUGGCGACCGUCCGGUUUGAGAGCGCCGACAAGAUGGCGAUCAGCUCGGACACGCUUCAGGUUCCACUCACCCGGGUCCAGCCUCCCAAGGCAGAGGCACUACCACUGGACCAGUUGUCAAUGACAGAGAAGGUUAUCGAAGCCCAGAAAGCCCUGCUGGUUCCACAGCCAGGACAGUGUGUGCCGGCUAUCCAGGCUCCACUUCCUACAGGCACCGAUGGCAGCUCCGCACUCAUGGCAGCUGUCAGGGUCAUGGCAGAGAUCAGGACCAGGUCGUGUAUGGUGUUAGCGACCCACCUGGGUGACCGGAGCUUUGCGGCCAGGUUUGUGGAGAACUCCGCGUCAGUCCUGAACAUCCUCCGCAUCAUGGCCGACGAGUUCACGGCAGGAGAGAGACUUCCUGCUGUUGAGGCCCAGUGUGAGCGGCUGCGCAUGUUGUACAGGGACUGUGCGCGCCCCCCUCCCCCACCCUCUGAGGGGCCAGGCAGACAGCCAAAGGAGAUCACCUGGUGCACGUCUCGAGUCUUCCCGCCGCCUCGUUCCUGCCUCUUCUCACACGGGUUGUCGGGCGUGGCCUUCCUCGGCGACCCGAGCGCAGGGAGUGGGCUGCCCAGGGGAACGUUUCUGUACGCAUCGGCUCCUGUUCCCUCACAGGCUCCGUCCUUCUACUGGGAGAUCGAGGUUUGCUCCUUCGGUGAGACGGACGAUGAGAGUGGACCAAUCAUCUCCUUCGGCUUCGCUCCGACGGCCGAGAAGCGCGACGGCGCCUGGACCAACCCGGUCGGAACUGUCCUCUUCCACAAUAACGGCAGAGCUGUACACUAUAACGGCUCCAGCCUGCUGCAGUGGAAAAGCGCCCGCCUGGACGUCACGCUUUCGGCAGGCGAUGUCGCCGGGAUCGGCUGGGAACGCGUCGGAGAGGCGCCCUCCGUCCAAGGGGAGCAGGUCAAAGGUCGCGUGUACUUCACGUACAACGGCCAGCGGCUGCCUGCAGUUCUUGACGACGUUUCGGGGGGCAUGUGGCCCGUCAUCCACAUCCAGAAAAAGAACACGCGAAUCCGAGCGAACUUCGGGUCGCGGCCUUUUGCGUUUGCUGAGGGUCAGCACCACCGGAACGCCGCGGACAUGUCGGCCGACACCACCGAGGAGAUCAGCGCGACCUUCGGCCUCCUGCCCUUUCACCUGGGCGAGGACAGCGACAGCGAGACGGCGGCCGCGGGCGCUUCGGGGGAGGAGGAGACCCCGCCCCAGGGACCCCCCGUCCGCAUCGCCAUGGCGCCCGAGGCUCAGCCACAGUACAACAGCAGCCUGGCUGUGCAGUACCGACUGCAGCUGAGUUACGACAACUUCCUGACGUCAGGACCUGACAUGAGAGCACCGCUUCUUGUACAGCAGGAGGAUGAGAGUGAUGAUGAAGAUGCAGAAGAGGACCUCCAGCAGGAGGACCACUACGCGCUGCUGGUUAAAGCCUGGGAACAGAAAGUUUUCCCCACGAUCCGCCGCCGCUUCCGCAACGAGGCCGAGCGCAAGUCUGGCCUGGAGCAGAUCAAAGGGGCUCUGCAGCUGGGUAUGGUGGACAUCGCCCGACAGACUGUUGAGUUUUUGUACGAGGAAAAUGGAGGGAUGCCCCGAGACCUGCACCUUCCCACUAUAGAGGACAUCCGGGCGGAAGCAAUGAAGUUCACGAUCGAGCGGGUUCGGAAGGGCAUGACGGUGGUAAUCCGACACCCACAGACGGCCGGCGUGCUGACCACGGGAAGUACCGUGCUUCCGAAGUUCGCUGUACGCGGGAUGCUGAAGACAUUUGGAUCAACAGGAGUGGUCCUCGAUGUGGACUCGCAUAACGAGCUUGUGCAAGUUGAGACCUACCUGCGCAGUGAGGGGGUCCUGGUGAGAUACUGGUACCCGAUCGACAUGCUGGAAAGGCCCCCACAGGGCACCAGAAAGGCGUCCAUCACAGGAGUGGCCAACAUGGACACCUCCAACAUACAGAUCCACAGACAACUGCUGCAGUGUGAGUCGUCGCUGGUGCACUACUACUGUCGCACAGCGCUGCUGUCCCUGCUGUCCCACUGCCGGCCACACAUCCUGGACCGCUGUCCCGUCCCGUCCAUGGUGGAGACCUUCAGCUCGCUGUCCCGCGACAUUGACCCCGACUACAUGCAGCUGCUGUCCAACCAGCUGCUGUCCUGCCCGGCGCCGAACGGCAGCGUGGUUACCUUGUCGCUGGAGGACUCGGUCAGCCCGCAGCGCUGCCUGGUCACGCACGGCUGCGCCGCCUCCACCGUGUUCCACAGCCGCGACCACCCGCUGCGCGAGGAGCUGCGCAAUGCCAUCGUCAUGGCAGCGUGUCACGGGGAGGACACGCUCAUCGACCUGUCCGACCAGCUGUGCGCCUGUCUGCAGACUGCGCCGGAGCUGUUUGCGUACGAAGAGUUCCCGGUAACGGAGACGAAGGUGAACACGGACGCGUACUUUCCCGGCGCCGCCUUCCUCGUCGUGUCCUGCAGAACCGACCCUGACGUGCCCAGGAAGGAUACUGCUCUGUACAAGUCCCCGUGGGCCCGGCUGUUCUGCUACGGCAUCGGCCACCAGCUGCGGAAGAACGGCCAUGUUGCGCUCCAGGAGGUGACGUGCUACCCUCGUGACGCGGCAAUCGCGGGAACCGGUGGCCUGACGCCCCCGCCGCUCGCUGACCAGUACCCGCCGGCUGUCCUGCCGUGCGACCGCGUGCACGUUCGCGUGGGCGUGUCCCCCCCGCCCGGUUACGUGGUGACGAUCCACGCCGUUCCGCCUGAGUUCGCGCUCGCCAUAUCCUUCAUAGAGGAGCUGAUCAGCGUGAAGCACCAGGUGGACAGUAAGGAUGGGAGGAUGGAGGAGCAAGCGGCAAGUUCAUACGACAUCCCAGCCGGUGCGUUUGUGCAUCUGGUGGAGCUGCUGGGCGGAUACGUCUGGAAGUCUGACGUCCCGGCAGCACUGAAGGAGGUGAUGUUCCACCUGCUAGCAGAGCUCCUGCGAGCAUCUCAGCCACGUAAGGAGGACGGCGACGUGUGUUUACUCACCCUCAGCCCGUCCCUCGCGCUGCUGACACACGUCAGUCUCCAGGCCGAGCUGCGGAAGCUGUACGACCACGAGAACAAGCGGCGCACGCGGUCCGACGUCAUCGGCAGCGGAGAGUACUCCCGCUUCUCCUCGUACUUCCACGCACUCAUGGAGGUGGCGCUGGCCGUGGCAGAGGUCACGUCUCCUGUCGGAACCACCGUUCCCGUAACCACGGCGACGGCCGUUACCUCGGCAACCCCCGCCCCCAGCGGAGCGCCGUACCCGUACCCCUCGGCGUCCCCGCCCAGUCCCAUGCUCGGCGCCAAACGGAGAAAAUCCGUGCGAGACGGGAGCGGGACCGGGGAGCGAUGCGGGAAGCACAAGCCGCAGCUCCACCCCGAGUCAGAAGGGGGCGUUUCUAUGGGCAGCAAGCCGGAGGAGAUGCUGUGGUUCCACCGGGCCGUCACCAUGUCUCUCAUCCUGAGGUACCUGGCCUUCCGGGACCCGCAGGGAGAGGUUGUAACAAACGACGCUGUAGCGGACGCAUGCCAGACGCUGACCGUCCCCACCGCCCACUCCCGCCUGCUGGUGCUGUCGGGGAUUCCCAUGCACCUGGAGCAGGGGGCGGUCAGGGACGCCAUCAGGAAGGCCUGUAACAUGUACGGCGGGCUGUUCAGGGACGAGGUGUUCGUGCCCCUGCAGGAGAAGGAAGACCUGCCCGUGCCGCCGGGGGAAGUGUUGUCACCGUCGGCCGCGCCUGUAGAGCAGACAGCAGAAGGGCAGGCGGCAGAACCGGAGGAUGUGGGGGAGGUAGAAGCCGGGCUGGAGGAGGCUGCCAGUGUCGGAGGCCAGGUUGCCAUGGGCGAUGAGGCCAGCACAGCCGCCGACCUUGAGACACAGCAGCUGCUGGCCAGCACGUUGGACAGCGCCCCCCUCCCGGCCCCCCUGGCCUCCCCGGAGCAGGACAGCCCCUCGGCAGACCUCCCCCCUGACGGGCCGCCCCCCUCCCCGCUCGCACCCCCCUGCAUCAAGGGCUACGCCGUGGUGGAGAUACGCUCCAAGAGCAAAAUGGACGACGUGCGAUCCGCCCUGCUGUCCAGCAAAGCCAUCGUGGGCGUGGUGACCUACGACACGGAGGAACUGAUUGACGUGACAACGGACGACAUGCUGUCAGUCAGCCCUGUCAACCUUAACCUGCUGUCUGACCCUCAGGGCAGUCCUGCACUCGGGGACUAUCUCAGGCACAAGAUCCUGUCAAAGUCAUCAGCCAGCGGUCUGACCCAGAAAGCCCAAGACGUCUUGACAGAAAUCUUCCACAGCUGCGUCGUCUCGGAGCACGCCUUCAGUCUGGAGUCUCCCGAACUGGAGCAGCACGAGCUGGUGCAUCUUGGGAAGGACCAGAUCUCCCUGCAGACUCCCAUGAACCACCUGCACGCCUUCUUCUCCAACAUCAAGGGGCCGAAAAAAUCAUUCAUGGAGCAAGUGUCACAGGUGUUGAGAAGAUACGGGGUGCCGAAGCCGAAGUUGAAGGAGUCGGAGAAACCGUGGAAGGGACCGAAGCUGGGAAACGGGAAACCGUCGGGCAAGAAGCUGGCGCAGAAGCCCAGCAAGGAGAAACUGGCUCUGGCGGAGGUCACCGGGGCAAAGGCGGUCGUGCAGAAACCUAGCCCCGGUGAGAAGAAAGGCAAGUCGAAGCCUCAGGAGAAGCCAGGGAAGCCGGGGAAGGACCAGUCGGAGGACGGAGCGAAGAGGGAGACACCAGAAGACAAGUACCUGACUCUGGAGGGCUUCCUGCUGUUCGUGGCAGACAAGACGAAACAAGAUGCUCGAUCCGUGUGGAAGGCAAUCCUGGCCUGCGGAUACGACCUGCACUUCGACAGAUGUGCGUGUGUGGACACGGCCCAUGCUGUACAGACCAGUAAACAGUGGACCCUGCAGAUGGACUGUGCGCUUGUGGAGUACGUCGACUCUCUGUGCCGGCACUUGGCGAUCAGCGCGGCGCGGCUCCACCCACACGAAUUGUACCUGCGGGAGGCUGAACUCGCCAGUCCGGCAUUUGCUUGUUUGCAAGGAGUCCCGGUGGAGAGUCUCAGACUGAGAUUUGCCCUUCUACUGUCCUUGAACAACACCUUGGAGACGUUCUUCCUACCACUGGUUGACCUCCGACCCUGCAGGACGUACCCCAACAGCACGGCGGCGCUGCUGUCACACGCCAGGAGACUCAUGUUCUACGACACUAAGGUUGUUGUGAUGAACAGCAUCCUGAACGCCACGGCGCAGCGAAACCCGAGCCAGGCCGCGCCCGAGAUCACGCUCGACCCACUCGAGAUCGUCGGAGGAGAGGCGGUGACAGCCAUGGGAACACAGUUUUGCCAGGCGGCGCGGCAGCUCAGCAUCGUCCCGUCCUCCCAGCUGUGCGUGAAGCUCGCCAGUGGCGGAGACCCGACUUACGCCUUCAAUGUCAGGUUUACUGGAGAGGAGGUGCACGGCACAAGUGGUUCGUUCCGCCACUUCCUGUGGCAGGUGUGUAAGGAACUGCAGGGACCAAUCCUCAACCUCCUCAUGCUCUGUCCCUCGGCAACAGCCAAUAGGAACAAGGGGAAGUACAUCCUCAGACCAGGACCACUCACAUACGGGGAAGAAAACUACCUGGAGUUUUUCCUGCAGCUGUUGGGAGUUGCGGUUCGUGCUGAUGUGCCCCUGCCCCUUGACCUUUUGACCCCGUUCUGGAAGGGUCUGGUGGGGCUGCCACUUGAUGAGGACGACCUUCAAGAGGCCGACAUUCUGACCUUCAACUACAUCACUAGGCUGGCAGAGGCGGAGACGGAGAGUGAUUUCUGGGCGGUGUGUGCCGAGGUUUGCCCUGCACAGCUGCAGGAGGGGGAGGGGGGCGAACACCCGCUGUGUUCGUUCACCUUCAGCAGUGUGACGGGCGAGGACGUGGAGCUCUGCCCCGGCGGCAGGAACAGGAUGCUCUCGUGGGAGAACCGUGUGGAGUACCUGUUGUGCAUCCGAGCGCUGCGAUUGGACGAGCUGAGGUGUUCUAACCGGAUGGCCCCGGUGCUGGCCGGGCUAGCCACCAUCGUGCCUGUCCAGAUCUUCCACAUCCUGUCCCCGGCUGACCUCGAGCUCAGGACCUGCGGGAUGCCCCAUGUGGAUCUGGCUUUUCUCAGGUCCCACACGAUGUACCAGGUAGGACUGAUGGAGACCGACACGCACAUAGAGUUCUUCUGGAGCUCGCUGGAGAGUUUUUCUCAGGACCAGCUGCGAAAGUUUGUGAAGUUUGCGUGUAACCAGGAGCGGAUCCCGUGCACGUGCCCCUGUAAGGACGGAGGCCCCGACACCGCGCACGUCCCGCCCUACCCCAUGAAGAUCGCACCUCCAGAUGGACCAGGGUCCCCGGACUCGCGGUACAUCCGGGUGGAGACCUGCAUGUUCAUGAUCAAGCUGCCGCAGUACUCCAGCCAGGAGACGAUGACAGAGCGGCUUCUCUACGCCAUCAACUGCCGAGAGGACCCGCUCAGCGGCUGACCUGCAGGCACGGGGCUCACAGAGGGGUUUUCAGACACCCUCAGCGGCUGAACCUGCAGCCAAUGGGCUCACGGAGGGGUUUUCAGAGUACUUGUCAGCACAAACUCUGGGUCUUACAAAGGGUUUAUCAGAAUUUCAGUCAGUGAACAGAGUGGGAGAAUUGUAAAUAUGAUCAGCACAGGUCAGAAUGUUUGUGUUAGCCUUGUGUGUUUGUUAUAGAGUCACUGGAAAUGCUAUUAGGACCAAAGACUGCUGAGCUGCUGCAGUCUGACUGUGAACUGCCAGGGGGCAUCAGUAACUGGAGCAUCACCUGCACUGUUGCACCGUAGGAAGUGAGCAACUGUCUACUUCUAAACCAGUCCAGAUUUGGCAUCAUGCCCUGAUUCUGCUUUCUUAUUGCUGAACUGGUUUUAUCAAAGUCAACGUGAUCAAAGUGGUGCAUUAUCACGAACGUUCAUCUUUGUUGGUAGCAAUCAUAGAAAAUGUUGAACUUUAUUCCAGCACAAAGUUACACAGAGAUCAACGACCACUGUCGCCUUCAUCAGGAUAAUUAAUGACCAAUCACUUCCGAACGUAAAAAUAAAAGUGGUGCAUUGUUGAGUUUUUCCUGCCCACAGAAACUGUUAAGGGCAACAAUCAUUUCCAAGUGAGACCAGAACAUUGAUAGAGCCGCUUACUGUUAGAAUUGCUUCUGUAGCAUGGAAAAUUCGGCAGGUGUAACUUUUUUCAUUACUUUUUGAUGCAUCUACAGUAUAUUCUAUACCUUUCACAUGUGACAUUAGACAGUGUAUAAGUUAACAAGCAACAUGACAAAAUGCAAGGGUGAAAAUGCACCGUUUAAAGGCGUUUUACACCAUAUUAUGUAAAGUGUGAAGAUGCACAUUACUAUAUUUCUUUACUUUAGACCUGAAUUAUGAAGGUGCAACAACUAUUAUAACACUAGAUGUGUCUUUCAUAUACUGCAAUCUGAGGACUUGUAUAUAUAUGUUUUGUAUCUGUAUCUCUAUUUAUCGUAUAGAAGGGUGAGUUGGUGCAAUGCUAUAAGGUGACCUUAUUGUACACAGGACAAAUGUAUGCAGAAUGACCAGGCUUAGCCAUAUAGUGUACUGUACAUACAUGUACGUAUCCUUGUUAUAUUGGGUGUACAGAGUCCGUUCGCACUCUCUGUCUUCUGAAUGUAUCUGGCUGUCAUGAAUGUGUAACCUGCUAAUUAACCCAUUUCAGUGCAGAUGACUGAAGUCGGUUCAAUUAAAAGCU